AUGAGCGUUCCAAAUGUGAAACCGAUCCAGGUGCACAUGCCCGAAGAUAUGCUGAACCACGCCGUCGAAUGCUGUCGUGAAGCUCUACAGAAUUUCUCCGAUGAGAAAGAUAUGGCAGCACACAUAAAGAGCCAGUUCGAUGCGCAAUAUAAUCCUAACUGGCACUGUAUUCUUGGACGCCAAUUUGGCAGCUAUGUGCAGUACGAAGAAAAUCACUUCGUGGAGCUCCGGGCUGGUCCAUUAGAUAUUGUUCUGUUCAAGACGGCACGCACGUAA